GCGAAAGUAAUGACGAUGCAUCGUAACAAGAUACAUUAGUUUUGCCUGUCAUCGAAGCGAUCUCCAAAUGCCCAGGGAACUUAAAGAAACGAAUCGCCGAAUGAGGUCGGCAGCAACAAAUGUUAUACAGACGUAUUACUGAUAUGGAUCACGCGAUAAACCUUUAUUAUUUUCAAACGGACAUAUUAACACAGUAAAUCAAGUGUCAAGCCACAUCAACGGUUGUGAAAAUCUGGGAGUUCUUAUAAAACGCCGUAAACAUGAACAUGUUAGAAAACUUACUUUUUGUCUUUAACAAGCUGAUGCCAGCAUGAACAUACUUCAGAGGAAAGUUUGUGGACAUCAGCUUAAUGAAUGAAUAAUUGUGAUUUAUUUAUUUGUUUAUUUAUUUACUAAACAUUACGGUUCCCAUUGAACACCCAUUGUUAACGAUGAAUAAUUUCAAGUGACGUUUUUUAUUGUUGUUUUCUUUCAUUUAAAGUUAUAUCUUUAAAGAGACUUUGAACUAUAUAUAUAUAUAUCGCUUACACACAACUUUACAUAAAUGAUAUUCGGAGAUUUAUCUUCGCUGGAAAAAGUUUUCUUUUCUCAGCAGCCUGGAAGUUCGGAGAUGUCGAAGAUGCAGAAUCUAACACCUUGUAAAUCUUCAUUGAUGACAAACUCCUCUGCUUCUUCUGGGGCGUCUUCUCCGCGUCAUUCCCUAAAUCUCAACAGUGGACAGUCAGUUCUUGAAGAUAGUUUUUACAGCGACCCUUCGGCCACAAAUUGUGGUCAUAUGUCCAUCGUUUCAUUGACAGUUAUUUCAAUAAUCUGUUUGCUGCUGAUAUUUUUCAAGAGUUAUGUUAAAGACAUGUUGUUAUGGCUGGAACAUACAGAUGCAAUUGUCAGUUACUUAGCCUUUCUAUGUAUGUACACACUUGUCAGCUUCCCCAUUGCCUGGGGAUACUUUCUACUGUUGUUAACCACAGGUUACGUAUACGGUUUCCUUCGUGGCAUCUUUGUUGUACUUACAUGUGGGGCUGUCGGUGUAUCAACUGCUUAUUUAGUUUUGAGGACCUGCUGUCGAUGUAUAACCGUGAGAUUUUACAGUAAAAAACUAGAGGCUGUCAUUAAAGUUGUGGAAGGACCCCAGGGAUACAAAGUCAUCGCUUUGGCUAGGCUCACACCAAUUCCAUUUGGUUUGCAAAAUGGUCUUUUUGGGCUUACACAUGUUUCAAUGCCAGUCUACUCUAUUGCUUCUGUAAUAGGAAUGAUGCCUUUAGCACUUGUGAACUGCUAUGUUGGGUCAACAUUCCGAUCUAUGGAGGAAGUUUGGAAUAACAGUUCUUCACAUGUAACAGGGUAUUUAGUUUUUAUUGGACAGCUGCUCCUUAUGACAUGCCUAAUGAUGUUUGUGAUUAGAAAAGCAAGGAGAGAACUACGUAAAACUGUUUUAUCACAAUCUGCUGACAACUCAAGUUGUUUCUGUGAAAAAAGACACUCAUUAUCUCAAUCUAAGGAAGCCAGUUUUGGCAGUACUUCACUAUCUGAUAGUACUUAUGUGUCAAUACCAUGUUCAGUUUGUCUAAAUUCUACAAAAGUCAAUUCUAUGGUGUUUACAGCCUAGCAUCUAACUAUACCUGUAUCCUAAAUUUUGCAGCAGACAAAAAAAAAAGAAAGAAAAAAAUGAGGUUUCUCUCUCUCUUUUUCUACAUUUUUCCAAGGAAAUCUCUUUAGUGAAAACAAAAGUGAUUUGUGUAGAAUUCUUUUUUCUAGUCCUUUGCAACAUUUCCAGUUCAAAUUUAUUUUUCCCAAGUACAAAUUA